UUUUCCUUCUGGUCUCUGAUUAUGGUGUCGUGUCGUGGCUGCUUUUGCAAAAGAAAGAAAAAAAAUCGCGUGUGAUUUGUAAAUUUCGGGAAAUUACAUUUAUUUUACGCAGUACUACAAUUCGGAUCCUCUUGAGAACAAGCGCGAUUCUUUGCGGUAUCAGUUAUCGCCCCAGAAAGUGUGUGUUUAGGCCAGGAAAAAGGUGUCAAAAUUUUCCCCGAAAGGCACUUUGUUUCGUCGCGUUCUCAGCAGCGCAGUUUCCAGUCCCAACAACGUCAAUGUGGUUCCGGAGGUUUGGCAACAAGCACGAAGACGACGAAGACGCCUGGUUUCAACUAUCAGAGCAACAUUCAAAACAGCGCCAGCAACAUAGUGAUUAUUGGCAGCGGACGGAGCAGUAUGGGCGAAAUCCUACAGCAGGACAUCCAGCAGUUGUUGGAGUACUUCGCGAAAAACUUGUACCGCGCGAAGGAAUGUGAAAUCGGUGAUGAAAUCGUUCAAAAAUGCAAUGCACUGAUGCGUGCCGACUACAGCGUUAUCGAGAUAUCCAACUCCAAUGGCGAAUUGUCGGCACACUAUCCCGGCAAGCUAUUGAUUCCGGAGCAGGAAAUCAGACAGCCCAACACUGUACCUGCAAAUCCCACUUCUUCAACAUUCACACGAGCAAGUAGCGAUCCUCCGGUCGCAACGAAAUCAUCUAAAGAUUCUGGCGCGGACACGAAACCUAUCUCUACUUCAACGGCAUCGUCGACCCGAGAUCCGUUGGUCGUAGAUGGACGUUUGGAUGCACAACGGUUGCGGUAUCUUAUAUGGCGUGCUCGUUUGGCAAGGUGUCGUGCCAGAUUUCCACUACCGGUUAUCUUGUUUCGUGGAAAAUAUAUAUGUCGAUCUGCAACGUUGUCCGGUGGGCCGGAAAUAUACGGCAGAUCUGGCCUGGAAUAUUUUGCGUACGCGGCUGAAGCUACGCCACCGGAACCAGGAGAUGAGGCGUAUGAUGAUGAACAGGACUCGUUAUCGGAUGAACCGGAUACCAAGGAUUGGCCGCUGUUUGGUAGAUUGAGGCGAAAAGAUAUUAGAUUGCUGAAGGCCUUGAAUGUGGGAACCAUAAUCGAUUUUAUGGUUGAAAACAAAAAAGUAAAGUUUUGGCUGAAUGUAACAUCUUCUGAAAAAGUUGACAAAGAAAAUCGUUAUAGCUUUUUCAAAAUUCUGGCACUGCCUUAUCCCGGUUGCGAGUUUUUCCGGGAAUAUCGUGACAAUGAUUGCCGAGGAGAAGGUUUAAUUUUCGACUGGAAUCAGUCUUACGUAGACGCGGGAAUACGGGUUCCAGACGACUCAGUUACAUCGCAGCUGAACAUAGAUUGGAACAACUAUAAACAGUGGGAUUUAGUCAAGAUCACUCAGAACUAUCUGAGACUUUUACUCAAAUACCUGCAGGAAGGUAACAACGGCAUCCUAGUACAUUGCAUAAGUGGAUGGGAUCGCACACCUUUGUUUGUGUCGCUAUUGAGGAUUUCCCUGUGGGCCGAUGGUGCAAUACAUCAAACAUUGAAUGCAGCUCAACUGUUGUACUUUACAAUCGCCUACGAUUGGCUUCUUUUUGGCCACAACCUGCCCGACCGCCUGAACAAGGGCGAAGUGAUAUUCUAUUUCUGCUUCUACAUACUCAAGUACAUCGUAGAUGACGAAUUUAGUGUCUUGACUCAUAGAUUCCGUAGUCAGCUGAGCAGCAGCGGCAGCAGUAGCAUAGGGGUAAUACGAACAGACAGUGAAAGUAUGCUAGAUGGUAUGCUUUUUGAUGGCGAAAGUCGAGGAUCAAGCAUUUCCCUUAAUUCCACGUCUAGCUUUGCUAGUGGUCGAAGCUCGUCGAUGCACGAUACUCAGACAUGCGUCAUCAAUGCUGGCAUUGGAUUGACAAGCGGUGGUGCGAGCAAUAGCAUAGCUAUUUCCGGUGCCAGAAACGGUAGCGUUCCUAGGAAUGUUGCAAACACUUCCGGUGGAAAUUGUACUGGAGAAGAUGGUGUGAAUUCUUUUAACGGCAAUAAUGGAUUUUCGGCACACAGUAACGAUAGUAGUAGCAGUAUUGGAUGCAUAUCUCAUGAUAGUUCGAAUCACAAUAUCCAAUGGUCUCCGCAAUCUAAAAGAACUAGUCCAGUUACCGUACCGAGUGCUAACAGGUUGAGACAAAGGCAGGAAUCAACAUCGUCUCUGUCGGUCGGUAGUUGGCAAAUGAUUACUUGUACUGGUAGCUUCAGGAGUGCCGAAUCGGUAAACGAGAUUCAGUCCCAUCUGCAGCAGAAUUUCUGCUCCCGGUUCCACCAUCCGACCGUUAGUCAUCAGGGUGGCAUGCACCCGAACAACUAUUCCAAUUCGAGCCAACAUCACCAACAGCUACAUCAACCACAGUGCCAGACUGUAUUCCAAUCGGAAAGUGGUACUACGCCUAAUGCCAACCAGCACCAUCAUCCUCAGCAUCUGCAUCAUAACAAUCACCAUCACCAGCCGCAGCAGCAUCAUCAUCACAGCCAUUUGAAUGCACCCGCCAAUUCCCUGUUUUUCACCAGUCAGGAUUCCACCGGAGGCUGCUGUUCUGUCCUAGAAGACGACUGCUAUCAUCCAAACCAAGUCGACCUCUAUGCACUGCGUCGCGAAAAACUGACCCAGCUGCGCACUCUCUUCUACAAUUGCUACUUCUCGACGAUCGCCUUCAAGUUUAACUCCGGUCCAGAUUCAGGUCUCGGAAGCCUCCUUGGGAAUUUCGCUGAAAAAGUCGGACUUGCUAGUCGUACCUCGGUCUAGGCCUAGGAUUGUUUUUUCUUCUUUAGAAGCAUUGUACAAUUUCUAGUUGAAACCAGGUGUCUUCCUUCUCGUGUCGUGUGCGAUUGCGUUUUAGAUGAAGUUCCCGAAAGUCGACACUGUUUGCGAGCAUUCGAUAGCAAUCGAAUGGAAUGUUUGAGAGUGAAGAUUUACAAUCAUAACCGUGUAGCAUAGACUAAGGUCCUUCCAAAUGAGAGUCAUAAUUUUCGAAGUUAUUUCAUUAAACGUAUAAGAUUUAUAACAUUUGUUGGUAUUGUAUUAAAUUUGUAAAUUUUAGUUUUAAUCUUUUUUUGUCAAUAAGAACUUUUUUUAUAUUUACCCAACGAAUUUUUUUCUCCUGUUUGUAAGACGAUUGAAUAAACUACUAAAACGUUCACAUUCUUUUAUUGGCUACAAAAAUAAACCUAUCAUCCGCAAAAUAUACAACUAUAAUAGUAAUCGAAAAUAAACAAAAUGCGAAGAAUAAACUCAUAGUUUGCAUUUACACGAA